CUCCCAUCAAAAUCCUCAGGCCUUCAGAAAAGUCUCACCCCAGUCCUUCAUUCUCACGAUAUUGUCGUCUACUUUUUAGCUAUAGUCAUUCCUUACACCACUGCAACAAUCCAGAUCGCGUUUCUUUAGCGUUUUCCCCUUCUCAUCUAACAAGUCAUAUCGUUAUAAUUCAUUGCACGGUUCAGUCAUCUGGAAUCAGCGAAUCAUUCCAAUCUACAACUUGGCAUACAACUCACCCCAGACCAGAUCGAACAGAAAUAACCCAAAUUAAGACAAAGCAUUCAUAUAAAAUCAAGACUUUCAAACAUACUCACCCACCAAACACAGAUCAGGUAUUUACAAUGUUUUCGGAGUCAUUGUUAGAGUUCGAGGAGUCCCUUGCAGAAAUGUCCGUAUCGUCCAACUCCAUCAUGUUGAAUAACUUGGAUCUCAAGGCAGAUCUCAACAGAUUCUCCGUCGCCUCGUCUCCAGAUCGAGCAGUGUCCGAGACUACCAUUGCUGAAAUAUUCGCUCAGUAUGACUAUAGCUCAGAUGAGGUUACGUUGUGCACCGACUGCCGGUCAAAACUAUCCGAAAGCAAAUCUUCGUGUUGUAGUGCCUACAUCGAUACUGUAUCUAGCCUUACGUCCAGCGUGGAGCUGGACUAUUGGCGCUCAUUUGUUACCAACCCAUACAAGACGCUUUUGGCAGUUCCAAACUACUCAAAAGUUGCCUUUUUUCAGAAGGGCGUACCCUUCCAGCUUCGCCCGCUAGUGUGGCAAAAGUUGAUCUUGGUCAAUCAGAAGAACCUCACGGGAAUUCCAGAUGAGGCAAAGGUACUCUUUAAGAACUUCCAACACUCGUACGACCGUGACAUUUCCAGCCAGAUCAAGAAGGACUUGGCACGUACAUUCCCUAACAUGCGCUUUUUCCAGGAAAAAGACACUGUUGAUUCUUUGCUCACCAUUUUGAAUGUAUAUGCCAACUACGAUUUGGAUCUUGGAUACUGCCAAGGUCUACUAUUUCUUGUCGGAACGCUAUUCUAUCUGCUUCGGGACCGCGAAGCCACGUUUCACUCAUGGUGCAAAAUCAUGGAAUGCGAGCCAGAGUUGCGCUCGAUCUUCGUUCCUACUACAAUGGCCAGCACUUUGGACAAAUGGUAUUUCGAAUUCAUGGUGAUGUUGUCUUCUGUAGAUGCAGAGCUCGCUAAUCACCUCAAAUUGUUUUGUGACUGCAAAGUCUUCUUGUACCAGUGGUGGCUAUCAGGUACUUUGAUCCACGCCCCGGACUUCACGGUGAACAAUAGGAUUGUGGACUUUUGCCUCGUGGAAGGAUGGAAAGUGGGUAUCUUCAAGAUCUCGAUGGGCCUCCUCCUUUGCAACCGCCCCAUCCUAAUGUCAUUUGGCCACGGGGACGAAGAAGUGGUGUACCAGCACUUGUUGAACGAGUCCAAGUGGGGACACAUCAUAAACAAUUCUACUGCAUUCUUCGGCGACAUGCUUUUGUCGAUCGACGAGUCAUUGUUCAUGGAGUCUGUAUACGAUACAGUCCCGCAGGUGGUGACACCAAAGAAGAAGAGCCCUCAUAAGAGAAAUGGGUCUUCUGUCUUGGGAAUGUUGAAGAACUUGGCCGUUUCGUCCAGCUCUUCAGAUGGAGAAGGUGCCCUGAACACCACAUCACAUUCACUCAGCACAGACAGCUUUGUGCCAAAUGAGAGCAGGUCGCAAAUGUCUUUGUUUUCCUCGCCCAAGGACACAGAGUCCAUAUACUCGAAUGCGACGAGUUUGUCAUGGGAUAGGCUGAUGAAGCACGGAGGCAGGUCGACGUCUUUCAGUGACAGCGGUUCCAUCAAAGCCACGAUGGAGGACCUCACUUUGGAGAACCAGGAGCUUAAGCUGUUGUUGAGGCGAGCCUACGCCCACCUUGACAACGACGAGCUCAAACGCGACAUUGGCAGCGUUAUCUCUAUGUGAACCGGCAAGGCGGUUUAAAAGACCGGGUUACGAAGUUUUUGAGUUCCGAAUUCACGUUGGGAGCUAUUAGGCUCCAAGGUGCCCAGGAAGCUAUUAGGCUCCCAAUCUAAGUGCCCUGGAAGGUGGUGAACACCGAUGUCCCUGAGGAGACAACGGACACAGACACCGCAGCUCAAAUAAAGCGGCAAAAUACUCUUAGUUUACUUUUCAAAUUCCCCAGGUCUUCAUCGCUUCUUGCGCAGUUCUCCUUGUUUAUGCUUUUAGUAUCUCGUCUAUUGUCUCGCAGCCUCUAUUGUUUCGCAGCCUCGCGGCCCAUGUAUAGAAUCCAC